AUGGUGAGAACAGAGGCAGAUAUCUUAGUUGUGAAAGGGCAAUUACAAUCUCACGAUGCAAUGCGAGAACUUGGUGUGUUAGGCAUCAGAUUUGAAUUGAACUUUCCUGUGAGUCCCCACUUUAGAAACAAAUCAUACACUAUUUAUUUCAGUCUCAUACAGCGUGUGCACAUUAUGGGGAGUGCCCAUACAAAAGCUUUAAAUUUAGAUUCACUUAGAUCAAUAUCAUCAUUAGUUUGCAUGCAAAUUUGCAUGACCAAGUUCAUGGAGACAGAAAUUCUAGAGCCCAUGAUUUGGUUUGAGAAAAAGAGACAGGCAAGGGAGUUUGGCAGUGAAAGAAAGAAGCAGAACAAGACUAGGAGGAAUGUUGAGAAAGAUAAAGAGACACUCUUUUUAUCCUGGUAA